AUGGAGUUGCACGACUUUUGUUUGAGUGACAACUUUCAGUUCCUUAAUCAACAUAACAGCCUCUUGGAACCCUCGUCUUCUGAUGACCCUCCUUCUCCACAAGAACCAACCAUCAAAUCUGACUCACCAAAUUUUACACCAUUCAGCCCGAGCAGCACAUCAGAAAGCAGUGGUUACAGUGUCUUUUCCCAAUCUCUCAAUCCUGCACAUUUCACUGCUCAAGACAAUGACAAGCUACAGCUGCAGCCUCAAACAGGCUCCAUCCUAAACCGAGACUAUCUCCCCUCACUUAGCCAUGGGCCCAAACGCCUGUGCCUGGUGUGUGGAGACUUUGCUUCCGGGUACCAUUAUGGUGUGGCAUCCUGUGAAGCUUGCAAAGCCUUUUUUAAGAGAACCAUUCAAGGAAACAUUGAGUACAGCUGUCCAGUGGUGAAUGAGUGUGAGAUAACAAAGAGACGGAGGAAAUCAUGUCAAGCCUGCCGCUUUCAGAAAUGCCUGAGGGCAGGAAUGAUGCGUGAAGGUGUACGUAUGGAUCGCAUGCGUGGAGGCAGGCAAAAAUAUAAACGACGAGUAGAUUCAGGCUUGUCUGUUUUCAUCCAAACUCCCUACACACAUCCGGUUAAAAGCAUCCGUAAUAAGGUGAUUUCUCAGCUGUUGUCUUCUGAGCCAGCUCCACUGAGAGCCUCUCCUGACCCAAUGACCCCUGACAGUGACCUCAAAACUUUGAUGACCUUAUGUGACCUUUUAAACAGAGAACUGCUGGUCAUGAUCAGCUGGGCAAAACACAUACCAGGGUUUUCAUCACUCUCACUGGUGGAUCAGAUGGCACUGUUGCAGAGUGGAUGGAUGGAAACUCUGCUGCUCUGUGUGGUGUGGCGUUCACUGGCUUCACCUCAAGAACUGCAGUUUGCUGAAAAUCUUCAUCUGAACGAGCCUCAGUGCAAAAACACUGGCCUGCUGGAGCUUUAUACACCACUGAGACUCCUCAUUGACAAAUAUCAACAACUCAACAUCAGUCAUGAGGAAGCUGUAACACUUCGAGCCAUGGCACUCGCUAACUCAGAUGCAGAGCAUGUGGAAAAUGGUGAAAGUGUGCUGCGUUUUCAGGAUGGGCUGCAUGAGGCACUGCAGGAUUAUGAGGUGAAUGAGCGUACAGCUGAGCCACACCGUGCAGGCAAACUGCUAAUGACACUGCCACUGCUCAGACAGAGCGCACACAGAGCUGUACAGUGUUUCCGCCGCCUGCACAUGCAACACCGUGUGCCCAUGCACAAGCUUUUCCUGGAAAUGCUGGACAUCAAGAUUUAG